GGCUCAUUCAUCAGUUUUCUCUUGCCGUGAAUGGACCUUGCUUCCUUUGUGUGAUGUACGGAAAAAUCUUAUCGACCAUACCCGUGCCCAGCAGCAGCAGUAGCCAGUUCACCAAAAGUGCUACCUUUUUUCUUUAGUUUUUUGUUGAGUUUCUCGCUAGUUCUCGGGAUAGCCUCAUCCAGAGGAUAAAAAAUAGAUCGGGUUAAACACAUUUAGGCGUUUCCGGUAUUGUUCUGAAGAGUGCGGAUCAGUUCCGGGCGUGGUUGCAAGUUUUUUCCGAAUCGGUUCAAGAAGUCUCCUCGAUGAGAAAACCACUUGAGUUCGUUAGCAUAUUAGCGCAGAGUCCCUUUCCUACAGUAGGUCUAAGUGUACCGGGAAAAAAACCUAGUUCCGCAUAAGGGUAUUCAAAAGGUGGUACGUCGAUUAGUACCAAAAAAGCAAGGACUAUUAAAUCAGAAAAAUCGAUUUUGGCUGCCAUCUGUGCUGGCUGUAAAACGAGACGAGGUCAGGCUGAAGAAGUGUGUUCUGGGUGCAGUUUCCGUGUGAAGGAAAAUUUUUACUUUAUUGGUUUAUUUAUUUUAAUAAUGAGUGAUUAUUCAAACCAGAACUCGCAAAAUUUUAGUCAAUCGUCAGCAUUUGCAGCCGCUUUACAGAGAGCUAAACAAAUUGCAGCUAAAAUACAUCCGGGUGGUGCUCAACCGAUUAAGAGACCGCUAGAGGACGACUCGGGACCAGAAUCGAAAAAGUUUGGAUCACAGUCUGACUUUAACAAUGCCAACUCGCCGACUGGCAUGAGCCCAGCUGCUAUGCAAGCCGCUGCUCAAGCUGCUGCCGUAGCCGCACGUUUGUCACAAAUCAACAACAACUCAAACAACUCGAACUCAUCCGGAGGAGCUGGUGCUCAAGAUCCAGUGCAGAGAGCUCGCGAUCUUAUCAGCAAAAUGGUGAACCCACAGGGAGGUCCAGGACACAAUGGUCCCAUGGAUAAUGGAAACCACGGCGGAGCCGGUGGUGGAGGUCCCGGAGGCCGCGGAGGCUUCGGCGGAGGAGGAAACUUCAACAAUCAACCAUCCCAGGAAAUUAUGAUUCCAGGAUCCAAAGUGGGUCUUAUUAUUGGUAAGGGAGGCGAAACUAUCAAGCAGCUGCAAGAAAAGUCCGGUGCCAAAAUGGUUAUCAUACAGGAUGGUCCAGGUCAAGAAAUGGAAAAACCACUGCGAAUCUCUGGUGAUCCACAAAAGGUGGAACACGCCAAACAGCUUGUGUUUGACUUGAUUCAAGAAAAAGAUAACUACAACAGUCAGCGACAGCAAACCAACAUGAACGGUACGGAACAGGCCGAAGUCUUCGUUCCGAAAUCGGCUGUCGGGGUUGUUAUUGGCAAGGGAGGUGAUAUGAUCAAGAAAAUUCAAGGUGAAUCGGGUUGCAAGCUUCAGUUCAUACAGGGCAGAGGAGAUGGUCCCGGCGAUCGGCGGUGUAUCGUUCAGGGAGCUCGCGGUCAAGUCGAGGAGGGCAAACGAAUGAUUGAAGAGCUGAUAGAAAGUGUUCAGCGAAGAGAACAGGGUGGCGGAGGUCGAGGUGGUCGUGGCGGUGAUCGUGAUGACCGAGGCGAUCGAGGUGACCGGCCACAUCGAGGCGGCCGUGAUCAUCAUGACAAUGGCAACGGUGGUCAGUACGGACAGGAUUUCGGAGGACCACAGGUUACCCGUGAGGAAUACACCUUCACGGUACCUGUCAACAAGUGCGGCAUUAUCAUCGGUCGCGGAGGAGACACUAUCAAACAGAUCAAUCAACAAUCGUCCGCUCACACUGAAAUGGACCGCAAAGCUUCUGCAAACCAGACGGCAGAGAAAACUUUCACUAUCAAGGGAGAGCCGCACCAGGUUGAAGAAGCCAAACGAUUGAUUCAGGAUAAAAUCAACAUGGAAAUCAACCUAGUUUAUGUUGGUACCACGACGGGUCCUGCUCAGCAGUAUCAAAACAAUGGCCAGAAUGCUUAUGGAGGCCAAAGUUGGGGUGGCUAUCCGCAGCAGUCGUGGGACCAACAGGCGCAAGUACAGCCCAGUGCUCAACCCACAGCAGCGGCCCCUCAAGCUGCUCCUGGCGGUGGUGGACAAGCUGACUACUCCCAAGAAUGGAUCGAUUACUAUCGGCAAAUGGGAAUGCACCGCGAAGCCGAAAUGAUUGAACAGCAAGUUAAGGCACGUCAAGUCGCGGCUCAACAGGGAGCAGCCGCAGCCACGGUUCAAGCAACACAAGCUAAUCAAACUGUACAAGGUACAUCAGUGGUGACAACCAGCCAAGCCGGAGCGCAACAAUCCCCUUCUGGAGGACAAGGUGGCGGGCAGGCCGAUUACAGUGCCGAAUGGGCUGAAUACUACCGAAGAAUCGGUAGAGUUGAAGAAGCCGAAGCAAUCGAACGGCAGAUAACUCAAAAUAAGGCGCCACAGAAUCCUGGUGCACCAGGAGCAGCCGGUGGACCACAAUUUCCCGGAGCAGGUGUUCCAGCUGGAGGUCCUGGAGCCAAUCCACAGCAACCUGCAGCGCCACAAGGGAAUCCUGGAGCUUACGGAGCCCAGCAGUAUCAGCAGUACUACGCUAAUGCGGCUGCUGCCGGUGGCCAGUCAGGUGGAUUCCAAGGCUAUCCCUAUGGAGGAGGGUAUCACGGUCAACAAGGUGGACCAGGGCAGCAACCAGGCGGCCCUGGACAGGACAAGAACUAAACGAGUCCCAUGAUUCGGUCGAUCAAUGUACUCGAUUAAGGCGGUCAAACCUUCCACAUCUUUCCGAUACGUGCUAAGAUUAUGAUUGCUAUAUAACCAUAUAUACCGACUAUUGAAAACACAUUUAACAACAUUAGCGUUCAAGCUAUGUAGGACAAUUGAAAAAAAUAAUCUAGGAUCAAACACAGCUUGGUAGAAAGCAAAUACCUAGUUUAUAACCAAAAACAUGAGGAAUAAGAUCAUCCUACUUACAUGUAAACUAGAAGAAAAAAAACAUGAAAACAUUAAAACUGAACACAAAAUAGCAUUAUCGAUUGCAUUCAAUUCGACGACAGUGUGUGUAUGUGUAUGUGUCCGUUCUAAACUCUUAUCGGUUUUAAAUUGAGUUUGAUUUCGGGCAUUGUGUGAACGACAACUGUUCUACAGAUUUUGGGCGUUUAGGCCUGAAAUAAGCGUGCACUGAAGUGCGACAUGGGCUCCUUCUAAAAAUGAACAUUAUUUGCGCCAACAGCAUUUAUUCUUGAUUAGAGUCCACUUAAAUUGGUCAAACAGGCACCAAUGUGUGGUGUAUGUUCUAUAUAAGUGAACCAGGAUCACGUAAUAUUAAUAUUCUUAUCGAUUUGAUAUUCCCUAAAUAUGCAUUAUUUUACUGUUAAAAAUGGAAUCAAGUAAAUGAAACGUAAGAUCGAUCACUGUAUAAUACAAAUAUUUAUCAUUUCAUUUGUUUUAUCAUACUUAUCAAAAUCCUUACAUGAGAAAAAUGGCCAUUUUUCUUUCACUGUACCUGUCCAUAUAAACCUUUAUAUAAACACCAGUUAUUACGUUUUCUUUUAUUUUCAUAUGCUUUUUUUCUUCUCUCCGAGCGUGAUUCUCACUGUGAUCGGGUCAAAUCAAAAGACUGGCAAAAAGGCCUCUCGAGUACCGAAGGAUUUUGGUGCCUCACCAGGGACGCAUGUAAUGCAGAUUUUCCUAUACGGAAGGUAAUUCUGAUACACUGAACUAAAUGAUACUUUGAUAAUUUCUGAUGAUUUAUUUCUUGACAUCAGCAGUAAAUGUAUUUGUCCCAUUGACACCAUGUAAACUAUUAUAAUACUAUAUGACCUAUGUUGAUCUAUUUAAAUGUAUUUUCCUAGAACGAUUCACUUUUCUCAAUGCUUUUACUAUAUGAAUUAUCUUGGCUUCAUUCAAAUGGUAUUCUGCGUCUUCGAUUAUAUAUAAAUCUUUUAUAUCAAUAUGUCAUUUACUACAUGGUAAUAUGUUCGUUUUAUAUGAUAAACAACUAAUUGGUUUAUCACCGAAUAUUGAUAGCAAUAUUUUAUUGAACUUUUGAAAGUGUAAUGGUCACACUCAAUAACAGUGGUAUGUUUAUAUUGGCAAGGAAACCCAAACGCAAUUGUGGAACAGUGAAGAAUCAAACACAUACUGCUUCGAAAUCAGUAUUGUAAUCGUUUGUGUGACUAUUUCAUCGUGAUGGACAAAUGAACAAUAGUUGAAACAAAACCAGAUACAGACACCAUAGAACACUUAAAUGAAAGUGACAAUAAUCCCAUAGCGAAUCAAACAAAAAGAAGAGUCGAAAACGACACGAAACAAGUGAAGAGACAGUCUAUUGAAGUGAUAAUAGAGGAAACAUGCUUCCCGUACAGUGGAUAAUCAUGGAAAAGGGAGAAAAGUAGUUUGGCGAAGUGUGAACACAAAAAAGGUGAGAUUGUUUGACAAAUGUAAAUGAUUUCGAUUUUCUUAUCCAUAUUAUCUGAUUAAUUGUCACAUUAACAUACAUACAUUCGACAGUUGUGUAUGCAAUCGUACUAAUAAUAAACUAUAUCGGAAAACAUGAACAUUUUGUGUGUAGUUAAGGUACCUAUUGAUCCCACAAAUAAAUCUUUUAAGCGUUCAACCACAGUUCGAAAUACAACUUAUCCAAUAUCAUAUUUUAGUAGUAAGAAAUCGAUUUUAUCUACCGAUCAAAUGCACACAACACAGAUACAUGCAAACAAUCUGAAUGGUUCUCACCGCUAUUUAUACAUCAAAUGUAUAUUUUAUUUUUUUGUGUCCUUGCAAACACGUUUUUUCCAAAACGUUCACUUGAUUAUUUUUCGUACACUUACGGGAUUCACUUAUUCUAGCUAGAUUAGUGAACAGUAAACACAGAGUGUUAAGAAAUUUUCCCUGUUUGGAGUGCCUCAAUAUUCUAUGCAGGGGCGGUAAAGACAACUGCCAGAAAGCGAACUUUCGAUUUCCUGAGAACUCUUGGUCUACAAUAAAAUUCGCUUGACGUCUCAUUUGGCGCUUUGGUAAAAGUUUAUAGCAAAAUUCAUAACGCUCUGGCUUGUGAAACUGUUUUCCUUCCAUUCUUCCAUCAAAAUUUUCCGAAACGAAAAAACAGUAACCAAGAUAAAUUGCAACUAAUAAAAUUGUUCAGGUACCCAUCAA